AUGGGGAUGUCUUGGAAGGAGGGGGUCCUCACCGGCUUACUGGCUGUUGCUGCCGCCUCAGGCCUUACUACACUGGUGCUUGUCUUGGUGGAGUCCACCAGCAUCCUUCUGCCUGCAGACACUAAGUUUGGAAUCGUAUUUGAUGCCGGCUCCUCCCACACGUCCCUCUUUGUGUACAAGUGGCCUGCCGAUAAGGAGAACAACACAGGUGUGGUCAGCCAGGCGCUGGUCUGCCAGGUGGAAGGCCCUGGGAUCUCCUCCUACGCAUCUAACCCUGCUGAAGCGGGCGAGAGCCUGCGAGGCUGCCUCAAGGAAGCUCUGGCUCUGAUCCCUGCAGCCCAGCACCAAGAGACACCCAUGUUCCUGGGGGCCACGGCCGGCAUGAGGCUGCUGCGCUGGAAGAACAACUCUCAGGCAGAGAGCAUCUUCACGGAGGUCGCCAGGGUCCUGACCCAAUCUCCCGUGGAUUUUCGGGGUGCUGGGCUCCUGACAGGCAUGGAGGAAGGUGUCUCCAGUUGGAUCACCGUCAACUACGUGCUGCGGAAUCUGCUUACGUACACCUUCUCUGGAGAAUGGGUCCGCCCCCCCGAAGCUACGCUGGUGGGCGCCCUGGACAUGGGGGGGGCGUCCACGCAGAUCGCCUUCGUGCCGGAGGGCCCCAUCCUGAACGCCAGCGCGCAGGCCCCCCUCCUCCUCUACGGUGCCAACUACAGCGUCUACACGCACAGCUACUUGUGCUUCGGGCGCGACCAGAUGCUGAGCCGGCUGCUGGCCGGGCUGGUGCAGGCAAGCCCCUCGGGCCCAGUCCGCCACCCGUGCUACCACAGCGGCUACCGCGCCACGCUGCCCCUGGCGCCCGUCUUCCAGUCGCCUUGCGUCCCUGCCUCUGCACCACCAGGCGCCAGCGCGAACCUCACGGUCGAGGGUGCGGGGAACCCGGGGGCCUGUGUCUCCGCCCUCAGGGACCUGUUCAACUUCGCGAGCUGUGGGGGCCGAGAAGACUGCGCCUUUGACGGGGUUUACCAGCCCCCUGUGCAGGGCAGGUUCUACGCCUUCUCCAACUUCUACCACACCUUCCGCUUUCUGAAUGUCAGCGACGGGAAGCCCCUGGACGCCGUCAAUGCCAGCGUCUGGGAGUUCUGCAGGCGCCCCUGGGAGCUGGUGCAGGCCAGCUACCCAGAACAUGCCCGCUGGCUGCGUGACUACUGUGCCUCUGGCCUCUACAUCCUCACACUCCUUCUGGAGGGCUAUGGCUUCACAGAGGCCACCUGGUCCAACAUCGAGUUCCGCAGACAGGCCAGUGGGACCGACAUCGGCUGGACACUGGGCUACAUGCUGAACCUGACCAACAUGAUCCCAGCCACGGCACCCACUCUGCAACAGGCCGAGAGCUAUGGUGUCUGGGUGGCUAGCGUCAUUUUUAUGGCACUGACCCUGGUGGCCAUUCUCGGGGCUGCAUCGGUCCAGCUCUUCUGGCCCCAGGACUCAGACUCCUGA